AUGUCGAGUACAAUACAAAAUACCAAUAGCGUUUCAUCUUUUGCUCUAGUUAUUGGAUUAAUAAUAGUUUUAUCAUUAUUAGUUGGUAUUGGGGCGAUUAUUUAUCGUAAAAAAUAUCAUCUUAAUUUUAAAAAUUUUUUUGCUAAAUUUAAAAAUAGCUACAAUAACAAAAUUAACGGCAAAAAUAUCAAAAAUAACAAAAUUAACGGCAAAAAUAAUAACAACAAUAUCAAAAAUAACAACAACAAUAUCAAAAAUGGCAACAACAAUAUCAAAAAUGGCAACAACAAUAUCAAAAGUGGCAACGGUAAUGGCAAUGGUAAAAUAAAUAAAAAGAAUAUAAAAAAUAAGGAUGAUGGUACUAAUUAUAAAAAUAAAAAUUAUCAGGGUCAUAAUAGUUCAAUAUCUUCAAUAUCAAAAAAUACCCGCAGCAAGACCGCAAAGAACGAUAAUAAUGUUCUUCCCAACAAUAAUCUUUUUCUCACCAAAAAUAAUGCUCUCGCUAACAACAAUAACAACAACAAUAGUAAUAUUUCUCAACAAUCAAAACUAUUAAAUCAUCAAAAUAUCGAAAAAGAAAAAGAAGAAAAGAUUCGAAAUAAAAAACAUUUACAACAACCAAUUAAUAAUAAUAACGAAAGUGUAAUGAAUGAAAUUACAAGAUUGCCAACAGCCUAUGCUCCAAGGGCACGUGUCCUGUAUGAUGAUAAUAAAAGAUCAAAAUCUGAAACUUUCUCGUCUUCUCCACUUUCCUACCCAUCAUUGUCAACUUCAACAAAAUUCUUGAAACCAACACAAACAAAAUCAUUUGUAUCAAUAAAAUCUUUAAACUCUUCAUCAGCGACAUCACCUAGUAACAAGGCAAAUAAUAAUCAUCUAUCAAUAGACGAAAGUCAUUAUGAAUCAUCUCAAAACUCAUCUCAAACUAUAGUUCUUAAUUUAUGUGAUUACUAUACCGAUGAUAAUAAUACUAUUGACAAUCGUCAUUCUAAAGGCAACUAUAUUGAUAGUUAUUAUCAUAAUAGCAAUUAUAGUGGGAAUGCUGAACAAGCAGAAGAUCAUCACAAUCACGACAAUGACACUAAUAAUAAUGAAAAUGAUAAUAAGAUUAAGAUUGAUGUUAAUGAAUCCCCUCCCGUUAAUAUUAAAUCAACAUCUUCUAAACUUAAAAAGAAUUCUUAUGAUAAUUAUUCACCACCAUUGAAACCACUGUCGCCACCGCCACAAUCAACAACACUACUGCUACCUAAAAAUUUCUCGAUAUCUGAUUCUUUUAAAACGUUAGCUUCUUCACCACCGUCAUUGUCAACACCAACAUCAACCAUAAUAAGACCUAAAAAUUUCUCGAUAUCUGAUUCUUUUAAAACGUUAACUUCCACAUCACCAUCAUCACCUUCAAGACUUAAUUCUUGGUUAACUAGUAGCCCUAAUAAAAACGACAACGUCAACAAUGAUAAAUUUUUAACACUUAACCAAAAUACCGAUGGUAAUAUUGCUAGUAGUGAUAGUACUCCGACAAACAAUCGUUAUACAAAUAAUGAUAUUUAUGACAAUUAUAUUUAUAAAAGUAUUUAUUAUAGUAGAACUGAUUCCGUCAGCAUUGAUCCUCAUUUGUAUGAUAAAAGUAACACAAAUAGUAUUUAUUACAUUUUAAUUGAUAAUGCCAGUAAAAAAAUAUCUCGAGUAGAAUUAAUUAAAGAAUCAGAACAUGAAUAUGAACACAAGUAUGGUGAAGAUUAUAAAGGAGGUGAUCAUAAUGAAGAAGCAAUAGUUUUUGAUAGUCGUAACUAUGACAAUGACAGCGAGAUAAAAAUAUUGGUAGAAGAUAAUGACUUUAAUAAAAGUAGAAUAUCAGAUUCACCAAUUGAAUUACCGAAACUUCCUAAAAUUCUUGUUAACAAGAAUUUAAGUAUAAAUUUUGAAAGAUUCAGUUUAUUUAGAAAUGCUCCAGGAUGUAUAGAUAAAGAUGGCUAUUACUAUGAUGAUAACAAUCGCAACCUUAACGGUAAUAGUAAUAGUAAUAAUCGUGUGACCAACGUUUAUUUUUAA